AUGAUUACUGUCCCAUGUCAUGCACCUGUUCAGGCCGACUCUCCGUCUCGGCCUCCUGCACAACCCGCCCCUCGGUUUGCCUCCAACGAGAUGGGCUGGAAGUGGGCUGUGAUUGACAGUUGCCAGAGCAGUUCGACACUCGAAUCAAUCGGCCCAAUCGGGCCUGAAUGUGUGUCUUUCAUAACGAGCCCGACGAGUGGAAACACUUCCGCGAUUCCCGCUGAGGAUCAGUUCGAAUGGCCAACGGUGUCGGGGUGCCCGGAUGGGGCAGAGCGGUGGUGA